AUGCCUCUUUCCAACUUCGACGUUGAACGGUGCUCAGGCAUAGCGCGUACGCACCCCAUGAAACACCCUGAGUCCCUCGGCCGGAGGUCGAUCAAACCUUCGUCUGUAUGCACGGGACGCGACUCUACCUCUGUCGCCCUACCAUGGCGGCUCCAACAAAGAGUGCGGCUGGCUCUGGCACAGAUCUCUGUUGACGAGGUAGUCUGGGACGUCCCUCAUCCGUUUCCACCCGAUCCCUCCAUCUCCCCCGCGAAUCCGACGUGCUUUCCACUCCCGCGCGAGCCGCUGGACGUCGCGCCCGGCGUGGUCAAGCGCGUCGUCCUGCUGCUGCACGGGGAUUAUGUCGAGUCGUGCAGCAGAAAUUUGACGUGCGCUCUGAGGACGGAAUCGCACCUCGACCUGACCACGGCCGUGUUCGCGACGUGCGGGAUACGCCUCUGGGUCUUCAUCCUCGCCGCAACGCUCUCGCUCCCAAAACAACUCGUGCUCGUCUUCAUCGGCGACGACCGCUUCAGCAGGAUCGUGAAGAUCGUCGUGAUCGUCCUGGCCGUCAUGGUCACCAUCGGCGCGAGGGUGGACGCGAUCAAGCAAGAGGUGAUCUAUGCCCGUCGGAAGGCGAGUUAUGACACGUACAGACAGGCGAAGCAGCUCGAGGCGGACGCGGAUGAGGUUGACGCGCCGAAGCUGAGAGACGUAUCUGUUGCGCCAGCCCCGGUCCAGUAG